CGGCCACUCGGUCAGGGAGGGCUCAAACCUCAGUGUUGUGGUAGACGCCGUGUUGGGAGGGUGUAGCACCGAUCCCGUCCUCUGACUCGCUCGCCUGGAUCUACUUCACUCGGGAACUUUAUCACGGUCACGUUGAUCAAUUUGUUAGCAGAAACCAGUUGAGAGCGACCCAAGGACUGUUGGGCGGCGUAAGAUGUGUAGAUCUGGAUAAUUCUUGUGAUUUGUACUUUCAAAAUAUUAGGCUACGAGUGACUGAACAUUUGAUGUACUGUACCUUGUUGGGUGUUAGUGGCGGCCUUGAGGUGAUGGCUCGGUGGUGUAGCGGCCACAACGUGUUCUGGCCCUAGUUUUGACACCCCCUGGCCACCCACUGACAACACUGCCAGUCGUCCAGGUGGUGGCAGAGGUCAGCAUGCAGCGGCGCGCCCCCAGUGUGGGUGCAGUAGUAGAUAAACUGGAGCACGUGUGUGAGGUGACAUGUGUGUGGCAGGCGGCGCCCUCAUCCACGCCCACCGUCACGUGACCCCAACACCCGCCCACCUCCACCACCAUGACCCUCAUUGUGCCGCGAGGUGAGGACGCACUCUCCUCCACCAGUGAUGACGCCGACAGCGGGUGCCUGGCGAGCUCCCCCGACGAAACCAAGGAGGAGGGGCGUCACCUGAGUGAAGGCUACCUUGCCACUCAGCUCAAGCGGCUGUCCCUGCCUGAUAUCGUGCCGUGUCAGGGCGUGGAAGGAAAGGAUACACCCACGCCCACCGCGCCCGCACGUGUCCACACAGUGAGUUUACAUAAACCAAAUAUGCAAUACCAGGGUGGUCUGGGUGGAACAGAGCCAGACCAGAACGGAAGUAGCGAAUGUGAUAAGGACCAGGUUAUACUGGAUCGGGCGGACGGUAUCAAUGGUGAAACAGGAACUCAGUGUGAGGGAGUGACGCACGAGUGUCGAAUCAGCGUAGACUCGAUUCCGAACUGUGUUGACGCUUGUGAGAGAGAACUGGAGGGCCCCGCCACCAUCACGGCCCCGGAGGUUCUUCAAGCAUCGCAAAUAAACAAUCAGUGUCGCGAGCCUCACGUGCCAAGUGAAUGCAUUCCUCACACAGACCAAACAAACAGCCCACUGGUGCAGGCAGCGGCGUGCAGCACCAACACCACCACCAACAGUUCGACGAGUCUUGACGUCUCUGAAACAUUAGACACAACCCAUCCCCCAACCAGGGAAAAGUGGAGUGAAAAUGGAGAUGUGAAUGGAGGUUGUGGUGGUGUUUUGAGGGCCCCCCGUAGUGGUAAUGACGGAGGGGUUAAUGAUGAUGUGCGAGCUUCUGAAGUUAAUGGCGACGCAGGUAAUAAUUUAGGUGGCGAACAUAACUCUUGUGGCACACGAGAAAGGGAAAGUAGCACAGGUAAUACCGGUGAAGGUCAUAGUGACAAACAUAACGCGAAAAACACCUUAAUCAUAGGAAUUGACACGAGUGAUGAUAAAUCUAUACAAAGUGAAAGUAAAUCCGAAGGAAUGGUGAAGUGUAAUUUACGAGAAAACGAAGAGUUAAUGAGAAAUGACAAAGAAAUUGAUAUUUACGCAGCUAAGCAGAAAAUUAACAUUCUUCGGCAGAAUUUUCUUUCUUCGCUGUCUGCAGAUGAUGAUGAUGGCUGUGAUCCUCCUGACUUUGUGGUUUUGCCUCAUCACGUUGAUAGUCAGUUCCAAGGGGAGGAGGAAGACUCAGUCCUCGAGAGAAGAAGCAAAAGUGAGGAGGGAGUUGAGGGACUCGUUGAGGCAAUAAAGAUCCCGGGCUGUGAGAGCGACGGCGCUAAUGUGGGUGAUUUACAGCAGGAAGCCGUGAACAAGAGGGCGGAGGUGGUGGAGGCAGGUGCCGGGGUUGAGCCAGCUAGUGCUACUGCUCCUGCUGUGUCGGCCGUGACGGUACACCUCUCACACCACCGUCCUGGAACAUCUAGUCUGGAAAAAGAACACCAUGGGAACACCCCCCUGGACGACGUUCCCAUCGCGAACGUGGGACCAGCGGGGAAGGUGAGUGUCGAAUCACAUCUAAUGUUGACGACAGACAAUUCCAAAACAAGAUCCGUGGAACCAGACACCCCAGGGAGUAUUCAGAUCGCCACACAAGACGUUAAAGUUUCCCCCGGUGUGUCGAUGGCCCCUGGGAGUGGGAACAUGAGGCUCGGGUGUGAUAUUACAGCCGGGGGCUCACUGGAAGGUAGUGGUGACACGGUUAACUCCAGCUCUGUGAACCCCCUCCACACCACCCCACCUCCUGUGCCCCAGCUGCCACCCACUCCACCAUGUUCCCCACCCACACCCUCUUCUCAACACUUCUCCACUCCACACACUGAAGAGGACCCUAAUCUACAGACCACUUGCUUGAAAGGUCAAUCUGUAAAUUUAGUUAAUCUGUUGAUGCAUCAGUCCAGGAAACAUAAACGCUUACAUAGAUUACGACCUCCUGAUAUCCAAGUGUGUUCUUCCAUAAACAACAACUUGCAGCACGAAGGAGGGGACGAGGCGGAGUGGCAGGCGGGGAGUGACUGUGAGACGCACUUGCUUCACUCGACGCCGCCGCCACCCGCGCAACCGCCCAGGCAACAUGGAAAUCCACACGUGCAGCGCCUCGCCGCCAACGCUCAUUGCGGAACGGAGGACCAGUUGUGUCACCACCCUCCGCAGUCACUCGAGGGAAGCCCAGGCGACGACCAGCAGUCUAAGGGCACGGAGGGAGACACACAGGGACAGCAAUCUGACACAUCCAACAGCAAUGGGUGUGGCAGUUACCUCGUAAUCCCAUUAUCCGGAGAGCCACCCUCCCUAGCUGACGUUGCUGGCGGGCCAACCAGAUACAAUAGUCGAGUGGAAAAAUGUCCAGAUGAAAGUGUGCAUGUUAAUGAAAGCGUCAUUGUGUCAGGACCCGCAGUGACCAGGGCGGGGCAGAAUGCCAAACACUUAAUAAACUUUACACCAAACUCUCUUGGUGGUGGAGUCGCUGUAGACAACCAAAGAACAGGACCAAGAGCUACCUCAUCCUCAAGCAACUCUCAAGUAAAUGGAGGAGUGACGCCGGCAACCAACUUACCUGAUUGUGAUAGUGGAGUGAGUGAGACGAAGAAUGCGGUAGGUGGUGGUGGUGGUGGUGCUAGUGACAAUGAUAAUGUUUUUGAAAGUGACUCUUGCUGUAGUGAGGGUUCGUGUUUGGACUAUCUGAACUUUGAGCGUGGGAACAAUGUUGAUAGUGACAACGAAUAUGAUAUAGAACAGAAAAAUAGGUUACGUGAAGCGUGUAAGGACAUAGCGCGAGCUCUGAACGCCCUCCCUGCACCGAUGCCUCAAGAAGACUCGGUUCCGGUUCGGGUGGCGAGCAAACCACCCAACCCGAGACUGCAGUACCGGGACCAAGAAGUGGAGGCUCACCUCUCGGACUCGGAGGGACAACCAGGGGUGGACAGGUUGCAGGUGAGUGUCCGGAGCACUGGCACGAGCACGGCUUCAGACGAUGAACGCAGGAGUAGCUUCUACGAUAACUGCGGCAUGAACGGGGGCUCGUGUGAUUGCGGUCACUGCCACACUAGUGAUGUAGAGGAUCACACCCGACCAUCCAAGAGGCCUCCAGUGAUCUUGGGUAAGUGGGAGGCAAAGAAGCACACCGAGAAGGACCGGCACAGCUGCGGCAGUGGGCAGGACACGAGUGAUUAUGAGCUGGAGGACGAGGGUUUCAGGACAGAUGCUGGGGAAGGAUGUCGUACUGAUGAGUUUGAUGCUGUCACCACGUCGGAUGACAACGACUAUGACGACGACUAUUGCCAGACGGAUGACUGCGGCGAGGAGUGUGAUUACUGCAGUGGGGAUGACGCCGAGGAUGAAGGGGAGGACACGUGUUACUUCUGUAAGCACAAUCAGAGUCUUAGUCCUGUCUGUAAACAUCCGGGCGUCAUAACAAACGGGAUUCUCAAGUCGCUCAGUGUGCGACGGUCGCACGAGAAGGAGGCUGUACGAGUACCCCGCCAGAGGUCUCUGGCCCUGCAGGCCGCCAUACAGCGUCGUCGACUCACGCGUCAGGGACUUGUAGCUAUUCGAGAGUCCAGUAUUACGAGUGACGAGCUUCCGGAGUCCGAGGAGGAACGUUCCAACGACGGAAGCAAUUGUGACAUUUCUAGUAGCUGGCGGUAUGGUCUGUGUCGUGACAUGACAGUGUCCAGAGACUCUACCCUCCGCAGUGUCCGUAGUGAAAAAAGCUCCUCGUCUUUACCAACGGUUAAAGAGAGACAUAGGCAUAAAGAAAAGUCUAACUCUCUACCUGGAGCGAAUUCCCGGUCCUUAGCGAGUGAACUGACAGUGAGACAAGCACUAGGUAGUAUGAUGACUCUGAGACAGAUCUCCACCUCUGAAGAUGAGUCUGGCUCACAUGGGUCCCUCCCUCGUCUGCCACCUCGUCCACCUCGCGCUCCUCGCAUGCGGCCUCCUCUAACCCCCAGCCCACCGGGAGGGGGUGGUGCGCUGCCCCCUGCCUCCCCCAACAGCCCCCGUCCAGCCAUGGGUGUGCAGAGUCUGCAGCAGCAGCAGCAGCGGUCACCGGGGACACCUCGAGCACUGCAUGUCUCUGGUCUGCCUGUGGCGCCACGCACCGUGGCCCCCCGCAGCCCCAGCAACCCCAACCCUCCGUAUGGUUUCCCGACGGCUGGGUCGGCCCUCCUGUGUCCUGGCAGCCCAGGACCCGCAGGACGGACCACGCCUUCCCCUGGGACCAGCGAGGGAGCUCCCCCGGCGUCUCCCCGCAUCAAUAGCCGGGCGGGGGCACUGGUCACCCGUAACUUCUCAAUCAGCGAUGACGAGGGCGGCGGGCGAUGGACAGGCGGGAGGCGGCAUGUGACCAUCACGAGGCACGAGAGUGUGUACCGGGAGGUGGCCGAGAAGGGCUACCACCUGCUGCCCGGAUCACCUGUCGACCCCUACUGGCUCACCUGGAAACUCGGGGUUCUGCAGAAGACGGUGGAAGACGUAAAUGGUCGCCUGGAGGAUGCGGAGAAGACUGCAGAGUCCUGGGGACCUGUGCCCCAUGAUCCUAACCUCGCAGACCAACAUGCUCAUAAUGUCAGGAAAUUCCGUGAAGGAUUAGCCGAGUUGCAAAGGGGUAUUGAUGACGUCAAUGAUCAAGCUGCCCGCUUCUCUGCUCACAAUGUACCUCUGACUCCAGCAAACUCUGCCAAGCUUCAUGACCUCAAUAACAGAUGGAAGACAUUGGAGACGGCAGUAAACGAUAGGUGGCGGAAAGUGGCUGGCAGGUCGAGGGAGGUUACACCACUCACCCCGGCCCAGCUGGCAUCCUCAGUCUCACCACCCUGGGAGAGAGCCACCACCAGCAACAAAGUGCCUUAUUACAUCAACCAUGACCAGGAGAGUACACACUGGGACCAUCCUGUCAUGAUGGACUUGCUAGACUCUCUCACAGAGUUUAACCACAUCAAGUUCUCGGCUUAUCGUACGGCCACAAAACUCCGGAUGCUCCAGAAGAAACUAGCAUUGGAUCGUGCCAAAAUGCAGAUGGCCACAGAUAUAUUUGACGAACACGGCUUACGAGGCCAGAAUGACAGAUUGAUCGACGUCGGCGACAUGGUAGUGGUGCUGUCUGCCCUCUAUGCCAACAUAUCAGCCGAUCAUCCCGACGUCAACACGACACUGGCAAUGGACCUGUGUCUUAAUUGGCUCCUAAAUGUUUAUGAUAGCCAGAGAACAGGGCAGAUGAGAGUCCUGUCUUUCAAGAUUGGACUCGUAUGUCUCUGCAGGGGACACCUGGAAGAAAAGUACAGAUAUAUGUUCCGUCUGAUUGCGGAUCCUAACCGCCUCGUGGACCAGAGGAAGCUGGGUCUCUUGCUGCACGACUGCGUGCAAGUUCCUCGGCAGCUGGGGGAGGUGGCUGCCUUUGGCGGAUCCAACAUUGAACCAUCUGUGCGCAGCUGCUUUACUAAGGCUGGCAAAGACAGGGAAACAAUUGAGGCUGUGCACUUCCUGACAUGGGUACAGCAAGAACCUCAAUCCCUUGUUUGGCUGGCUGUGCUACACCGUGUUGCUGCCUCAGAGAGCAUUCAGCAUCAGGUGAAAUGCAACAUCUGCAAAGCUUACCCAAUCGUGGGCCUGAGAUAUCGUUGUCUCAAGUGCCUGAGUUUUGACAUGUGCCAACGGUGCUUCUUUGACGGUCGAAGUGGCAAAAGCCAUAAAAUUACGCAUCCCAUGCACGAGUAUUGUACAGCUACAACUGCUGGUGAAGAUGUAAAAGAUUUUACUAAGGCCCUCAAGAAUAAAUUCAAAUCAAAACGAUCUCUUCAGAAGCAUACAAAGAAGGGCUACCUACCAGUUCAGACUGUAUUGGAGGGUGAUCCUUUAGAGUCACCUUCACCAUCCCCACAGCACAAUGUCACCAGUCAAGAUAUGCACUCGCGUUUAGAGCUGUACGCUUCUCGGCUGGCCGAGGUCGAACUGAGAACAAACUCCAAUUCUACACCCGACAGUGAGGAUGAGCAUGGGUUGAUUGCACAGUACUGUCAGUCACUUAGCUCUUCUGAUGCCCCACUGCCAGUGCCACGAUCCCCAUUGCAAAUAAUGGCUGCAGUCGAUGCCGAACAAAAGGACGAAUUGGAGCAAAUGAUCAGGGCACUCGAGGAAGAGAAUAGCGUGCUUCAGGCAGAAUACGAUCGCCUCAAAUCUCAGCAACCAGUGGGAUCUCCUCCCGACGACGGUCUAGGCGGGCAGCGUUCGGAAGCAGAAAUGCUGGCAGAGGCAAAGCUUCUCCGUCAGCACAAGGGACGCCUCGAGGCUCGAAUGGGCAUCUUGGAAGAGCACAACAGGCAGCUCGAGGCUCAACUCCAUCGACUGCGGCAACUAUUAGGAGAGCCCGGUGGCAUGAGUUCACCCAACAAGUCGGGGACUCUGCAGACCAAGUCGGUCACCGCUAGUCAGUUGGCCAUGGAUUCUCCCGCUAAAGUCAACGGACACUCAAACCAAGUGGGUGCCAGCAGUGCUUACGAUGGGUUAGAGCAAAUGAGCGAGUAUGUGCGACCGCCACCACCUCCUAUGGGAAGUGUGGCCCAUGUGGGGAACCUCUUCUCACGUGCAGCCCCAUACAGUAGAGGCUCGGGAUGGCGACCUGGGGAAGGCAGUUGGCACUCUGGUGGCCACAAUGACCCACGAGGGGGAGAGCGACUCGCCUAGCGAUGAGGACGACGAGGAUUCCGACGCUUCUCGUACCGGGGAGUCCAAGGCUGUGUAACUACCGACGUUUGGCCGAAGCUGUGGGCCGCAGGCGGGGGAAGAAACGGCCAAGACGAAAAUGGGAAAUUUUUUUACUCUGGCAAUUCUAAUAUAUGUAAUGUUAAUUCUAGGAAGCGAGGACGUGCUAAUUUAUGUUUCGUCCUGCGUUACAUCCAUAUCAGUUUUUAUACGCUCCUGAUAGAUUAUUCUGUACAUCAUCCUUUGGAAGAAAGAAAAAUUAGCACGUCUCUCGCUCAAAUCGACCGUGCACUAUUCGGGUAAGGAGAAACGAACGGGACGUCACAUCUCGGGACCGCCGACGAACCGCUCCGCGUCAACGUAGCGGCGAACGUCCGAAUCAAAAACGGGAUUCGGUUUCAAGUUGUGUGGUUAGACAAAUUUGUAUAGAUGAUGUAUCAUAAAACUUCUUUUUCAGCUUGCAUAUAAAAUGAGCAUAAGCGUUGUAGUCAUGUGUCAAUGGUGCAAAAUGAAAAACCCUAAAUGUGAUAAGUACCCCAAUUAAAGUUAAAAGUGUCAUUCAAUGAAGCCAAUUACUUGUUUUCAUUUAGUUUCUUCUUUUAGUGAAGGGCCGUCACAAUCUACCAAUGUUAAAUCAGCCUUCGAAUGCUGACUCAAGUGACCAUAUGUGUACAUAUCAUAGAUAUAUCAAAGUCAGAAUGCUAUAGAUCUAGAUUUUAUGAACCUGUUUUCCAGUUGUUAUGCUUGUUAUUAAUUACAUUGAUGCCUUAUUCUCUGUACUUGUGGCUGAGACACUUCUUAGCUACAUUACUUUAUGUUGCAAUCAAUUGAGUUUUUAAUUUAGUUUUGAAGUGGAUAAAUCAUGGUCAGGUUGUUUGCUCCUUAAUCAAUUCUUAAUAUUUGACUAUUGCUUAGAAUUAACAAAUAAAAGCGGCUAUGAUGUU